AUGAAAAAUAUUGAGAAGCAUAAUGCUUUUAGUGGUAAAAUGAUGGCACAACUAGCUGACCUGGUUGAUAAGUUAGAAUGUAUUGUAAAAGGUGAAACGAAUUCUCGAGAAGAAGAUGAAUUAACGGCAUUGAUUUUGACAGGGGAUGGAAAUACCUUUUGUUCCGGAUUGGAUACGAAUGUAGCAAAAGAUCACAUCUUGACUUCUGAGAAUGGUUCUAAGAUGAGUGCCCUCAUGCAAGAUACAUUAUUUCGUUUUAGUCAAUUACCUUUGAUAUCAAUUGCUAGCAUUGAAGGUUAUGCUUUAGGAGGUGGUGCUGAAAUUACAACUGCAUGUGAUCAUCGAUGUAUCUCAGAAACUGCGAAAAUAAGGUUUGUACAAAUAAAGAUGGGAACUACACCAGGAUGGGGAGGUGGAAGCAGAUUAAUAAAUAUUGUGGGAACGACACAAGCAUUGAGAAUUAUGGGAGCUAGUGUUUUAUUGACAGGCCAACAAGCAAUAGAUUUACGUUUUGCUGAUGUAUUGGCUAAAGGGAAAUCAGCAAUUAAUAAAUCAAUAGAAUAUUUAGAUCCCUACAUAUACUUUUCUUCACAUAAGGAAGGAGAUUCUAUUACUGAUAGGAAAAGAAAUCCAGUUAGAGCGGUUCGAGGUAUCAAAUCUAUAAUAGCGCGAGCAAAUAAUUAUGAUGUACAAAAUGAAUUCUUAAGAUGGGAGCAUAAAUUGUUUAGGAAUUAUUGGGGACAAAAUGAAAAUAUUGAAGCUAUAGUUGGACAUUCGAAAAAGAAAAAAUAA